AUGGGCCAGGACGUCUGGCUGGUCGGCUCCGCCCCCGCCCUCGGCGCCUGGGACCUCUUUGCGGCUCUGCCGCUGCGCUGGACGGACGGGCACGUGUGGCGCGCCACCCUGGAGGUCAGCCCCGCGGACACGCCGCGCAUUGAAUACAAGGCGGUCCUCAAGUGCACCGACGGCCCCACUGUGUGGGAGGGCGGCGCCAACAAGGCGGCCGACGUCAUCCCCGGCGCCGCCGGCCUGUCGCUCUCCCACGACUUUGCCGAAUGGUGA